AUGGAAUUGAUCCACAACAAUGCCGAUGCCAGUACCAAUCGAUUAGCAAUCGAUACUACAAUACCUCUUCGCCAAAAAAAACAUCAUAAGAGAGCUUCAAAAAAGACACCAUAUGAACUUGAUAUCGUUCUUAGUUCUGUUUCUAUUUGUGACAUAUAUGGAACUGAUCUUCGAGAUUUGACGAUAAGUUCGGCAUUUGGUCUUAAUCGAAAUACUGCUUUUGUUUUGGAACAAUAUCAGUCAAUAUCAGAUAGAUGA